UCGGAUAAUGCCAAUAUCUUUUGUGAGUGUGAGUGGCGGUGCGGGCGGGCGUGACUCAGGAGGGGGUGACUGAGAGUUGCUUUCACGUGCCCUUACUGAGAACGAUUACAUAUGUCUUUCGGCACAAACCGAACGCAUCACGUUCGCUGGUUCUGCUUCUGUGUCGUGUAUCGAUCUCUGCUGCUCUGCUUGCUCUUUCUUCAACGUGUUUCGGUGGUUUGUGUUCUUUUUCUAAGAUAGGAGGCUGUAGAGUAGAUGCACGCAUAUGUAAAAUUUACGGACGGUUGGCAGCUGAUAUUGCCAACGUCUUUGAUCAGAAGCUUCUCGCCCCGAAAUGACGAAGACUUCGACGCCACCCGGAUAUACGAGGCCUACUGGGUGUCGGACUGCGGCGAUGAAGAGGAUUAUUACGAUGCUCACGUGCUCCUUCUGGGCGAGUCUGUGGAUGACCUCCUGAAGAAAAUGCAGACAAAACGGUACCCCAUUCCAAGGAUUGUCGGUGGAACAGCAAAGCUCGUAGGACCAGUAGGAAAGAAAGUCCAAGACCUCGGUCACAAGGAGAAGAGAAAACAAAAGGAAAUCGGAAAGAAAACAAGGCUGCAUGACAUUGCCGCUGAUUUCAGGAAAAAGCAGAAGAUCAAGCAGACGGAGACACCCAGCCGCUACCAGAGUGACAUGGUACCCAUCACUGUCCUCAGGGAAAAAGAGGAAGUUAUAAAAGAACUAAAAAAAGAACUGGCCAAAGAAAGGAGCCACAGUCGGCAGCUGGCUCAGGCCCUGGCCACAAAAAUUGUAGUUGCCGCAGGAGAGAGUAGAGACACAGCCACUACCUCCGAUGAGGGGCUUCCCUUUUAUGAGUCACCAUUCCUUGAGUGGGAGAAUGCACCCUAUCCAAUGAAGGAUGUUCACUGCGGCCCAGUUUCAGUGCCUCCAACUUCUGGCACAGGCAAGUUUUAA